AUGAGUUUCAAUUUGGAUUCUGUUGAACAACUCAAUAUUCAUGAAGUCGUGUUUUACACUACAAGUACUUGUGGCUUCAUGGGGUACCUUCACUAUGGUGAACUUGUUGCUAGAGGAUAUGUCCCUCUUAAAGAUGAAAGUUGCUUUACAAAUGGAUAUUUAGAGAGAGAGAUUGAUUGGAUACCGGGGAUGAAAGGCAUUCGAAUUAAGGACAUUCCAUCAUUUAUUCGAACCACUGAUCCGAAUGAUAUCAUGCUGAAUUACAACAUCUUGCAGCACGAAAAUGCAUCAAGGGCCAUGGCCAUCCUUUUCAAUACAUAUGAUGAAUUGGAAGAAGAAGUUCUUGAAGCAAUUCGAGCCAAAUACAAUCGGGGCCUCGAAGAUUUCCAAUUCAAAACCACCCCGGAUGGCCUGCCACCUUCCAACAAUGAUGCUACACAAGAUAUCCCAGCACUUUGUAUAUCAAUUUCGAAACAUUGUUUGGCCCCCUUUUUGGAACUCAUCAAGAACCUUAAUGAAUCAUCGGAUUGUCCGAAUGUUAGUUGCAUAGUCUCUAAUAGGGUCAUGAGUUUCAGUUUGGAUUCUGUUGAACAACUCAAUAUUCCUGAAGUUGUGUUUUACACUACAAGUGCUUGUGGCUUCAUAGGGUACCUUCACUAUGGUAAACUUGUUGCUAGAGGAUAUGUCCCUCUUAAAGAUGAAAGUUGCUUUACAAAUGGAUAUUUAGAGGCAGAGAUUGAUUCGACACCGGGGAUGAAAGGCAUUCGACUUAAGGACAUUCCAUCAUUUAUUCGAACCACUGAUCUGAAUGAUAUCAUGUUGAAUUACAACAUCGUGCAGCACGAAAAUGCAUCAAGGGCUAAGGCCAUCCUUUUCAAUACAUAUGACGAAUUGGAAGAAGAAGUUCUUGAAGUAAUUUGA